UCUUUUUAAGCAUAAAUGCACUCAUUCUAAUCACCAGAUCUUGAAUAUCCACCUUGAAUGUUGUUUUGACCAGACAUGAAUAUGUCUCUGAUAAUGAUGAUGCUAACUCAUUUCUUUCAGACAGCCACUUCAGUUUACGAAAUGGCGGCGAAUGCAGAGUCCAACAACGUUGACGAUGGGUUGACGCUACAGAUGGUGAGGGAUUCGUUGAUAAGGCAAGAGGACACCAUCGUUUUCAGUCUGAUAGAGCGAGCCAGGUUCCCUUUCAAUUCUCCGACCUACCACCCUUCCUACGGUUCCGUUCCUGGGUUUUGCGGCUCUGUGGUUGAGCUCUUCGUUAAACAAACAGAGGCCGUCCAAGCUACAGCUGGAAGAUUUGAGAAUCCCGAAGAACAUCCGUUCUUCCCAGAUAAUCUACCACCCUCACUGGUGCCACAUUAUAAGUACCCCGAGGUUUUGCAUCCUGCAGCAAUGUCUAUUAACAUAAACAAGGCCGUAUGGGACAUGUAUUUCAACAAACUGCUCCCAUUGUUUGUUGCUCCGGGUGAUGAUGGAAACUAUGCUUCGACCGCUGCUCGUGAUCUCGAGUGUUUGCAGGCCCUCUCUAGAAGGAUUCACUAUGGAAAACUUGUAGCUGAAGUUAAAUUUAGAGACGAACAGAAAGACUACGAGCCGCCAAUUCGUGCUCGGGAUAGAGAUACUCUGCUAUCUUUAUUGACAUUUGCGGAUGUUGAAGAAGCAGUAAAGAAGAGGGUGGCGAAGAAGGCUAUGACAUUUGGUCAGGAUUUGAAGCUUGGUGAUGGAGGAGAGAAGGGAAAGUACAAGGUUGAUCCAGCUGUUGUUUCUGGUCUCUAUGGAGAUUGGGUGAUUCCCCUAACAAAAGAAGUUGAAAUCGAAUACCUCCUCCGUCGGCUCGACUGAAACCUUCGCCAUAUCCAUUGUCGAUAUUUUCUUCUGAAUAAGAUCAUUGAUGUGUCACAAAACUGCUUCCUAAUUAAUAAGGUUGUAUCAUAGAAAGUUGG